AUGUUCUCCAAAUUCACCACCGCUCGCUUUACAGCACUCAAUGCGUCCCGCAGACUUGUAAGAAACGCAUCUUCCACCAACAGCCUUGCCGGUGCGUCCACUGGUGGCUCCUCGUCAUUUAACAUCAGCAAAGUGAUUGAAAACAAUGUCGAUAACAAGCCCAACAUCGUGAUUUUAGGUUCUGGCUGGGGUGCCAUCUCCUUGCUACAAAACAUCGAUUCGAAGAUGUACAACGUCACCAUGAUCUCGCCUCGUAACUACUUCUUGUUCACUCCAUUGUUGCCUUCCACCCCUGUCGGAACUGUGGACGAAAAAUCGAUCAUUGAACCAGUGGUCAACUUCGCGCUUAAGAAGAAGGGCAACAUUUCGUACUACGAAGCGAAGGCUACCUCGAUUAACCCAGACAGAAACACGGUGACCAUUCAGUCCGUUUCCACAGUUGCCCAACUCGCACAGCCCGACAACCAUUUGGGUCUCACACAGCAAGAUAAGGCGGAAAUCAAAUACGAUUACCUUGUCACUGCCGUUGGUGCCGAACCAAACACUUUCGGAAUCCCAGGUGUCGAGCAACACGGUAACUUUUUGAAAGAGAUCCCACACUCUCUCGAAAUCCGUAAGAGGUUCUUAUCCAACAUUGAGAAGGCAAACCUUCUCCCUAAGGGCGAUGCUGAACGUAAGCGUCUAUUGACGAUCGUUGUUGUCGGUGGUGGACCAACCGGUGUUGAAACUGCCGGUGAAUUGCAGGACUACAUCGACCAAGACCUGAAGAGGUUCAUGCCUUCUGUCGCUGAGGAAGUUCAAAUUCACCUUGUUGAAGCACUACCAGUCGUGUUGAACAUGUUCGAGCGUAAACUAACUUCAUAUGCCCAGGACGUCCUCCAGCAGACUACCAUCAAGGUUCAUUUGAGAACCGCCGUUUCUAAAGUCGAACAAGACCACCUAGUUGCCAAGACCAAAGCUGAAGAUGGUACCCUCACCGAGGAAACCAUCCCUUACGGUACUCUAAUUUGGGCCACUGGUAACAAGCCUCUAAGCAUUAUCACUGACCUUUUUAAAAAGAUUCCUCAGCAAGUCGAAUCCAGAAGAGGUCUAGCUGUCAACAGCAACAUGUUGGUCAAGGGCAGUAACAACAUCUUCGCUGUAGGCGACAACGCUUUCUCUGGUCUACCCCCUACCGCUCAAGUUGCUCACCAACAGGCGGAAUACUUGGCAAAGGUUUUCGAAAAGAUGGCGAAAACCCCUAACUUCCACGCCGAUCUUGCCAAGAGAACCGAAAAGGUUGACUUGUUUUUCGAGGAGAAUGGUGUUAAGCCUUUUGACUACAUUCAUUAUGGUGCCUUGGCUUACUUGGGUGCUGAGAAGGCCAUUGCCAACAUAACAUACGGAAAGCGUUCAUUCUACACCGGUGGUGGUGUUUUGACUUUUUACAUUUGGAGGGUACUAUAUGCUAUGAUGAUCUUGUCCGCAAGAUCUAGGUUCAAGGUUAUCUCCGAUUGGUUCAAGCUAGCCAUCUUCAGAAGAGACUGUUUCAAGGAAUUGUAA